AUCAGCUGCUAUUACAUUUCUUGCACUUUAGUUUGGGAUACGUCUAACGAAACUUGAGCCAAUUAGUGACCCGUGCUUUAAGCCAUGUUGCUAACGUCAGCAGCUGACAGCACGGCCAUGCAUAGCAAAUUUGCUAAUUUUGCUGACUACAAUGUGCCAAACUUAGGAAACAUCGCUACACCAAACAACCCUUCCAUUGUCUCCCGGAACUUGGAAGUCAACCUCGCUGAGGUCAGCUCGACAACUGACAUCUUGCCGAGUCCGCCAUCCAAAACAGAGCAGGACAACUUCCUGAGAUGCAGCCAGCAAUCAGCAGCUCCACAUGCUUCUCCAGUCCCCAUAAAGAGUGACCCGGAGCAACCACCCAACGCUUACCCAUCAUCAGUCCUCCACAGUCCAGCCUUCUUCACCCCGCCUACCAUGCACUACUUCCAGAGUCCAGGCAGCUGUGCCACCAACACCCACUACCCAGCCCAGUACAACCCCACCUCCCACUCCAGAUACGACAUGUACAACUCUCAGAUCAGUUCCCAGCACUUCACCGGCGUCGCCCUCUCCUCCCUCAUCAACCACUCAGAUCUCAGUCCGGGCUACACUCCCAUUCAGACCUCUCAGUUUCAGCACCCCCGGGACACCAUGUCAGCUGAUCUAGCGGCUGCUGGGGCGGUGGCAGCGGCUGCAGCUCGAGCUCGAGUGGUGGGGGUCGAGGAGGAGGUUAUAAAUCAACAAAGGGCCAGUAGGAGGCAGAUGCACAAGAUUUGCGAACAGAAGAGGAGGGAUGGGCUGAAGACGGCUCUAGAAACUCUAAAGAUGACGAUACCAGGAUGCAGCGUGCUAUCAGACCAGUCUCAACAGAAUAUCCUUCUCAAAGCGUAUCAGUUCGUGUGUGAUCUGCUGAGGAAACAACAAGCCAACAAAGUGGUUAUCGAAGAGUUACAAAGCAUGAGAGAAAAGAACGAUAUCCUGCAAUCAGAGAUUGAUUACUUCAAGGACGAGUACAAAAAAAUGAGCUCUGUGCCGAUGAACAAUGUACCAACGAACAGUAACAUGUCAUCCAUCAAACCGGAAUCCAACCACGUGAUAUCCUGAGGGAAAACAUCUCAUUCUUCAGACUCAGAGUACAAGUUUGCCACGGAAACAGCCGUUAUCUCGUUAGACUGUCAAUAUUCAUCGCAAAACUUUUCCGUAAAUACGCAGCUAACUGUUCCACGCCUCUCAUUGGUCCAACGAAGUCACGUGAUGAGAUGAAAAGCUUCUCAUUGGUCGACGCCUCAGUGAUUAUGGGGAUAUUGAACUAUCGGAAAGUCGUUAAGUCAAAGGACAUUUUGACUUUGCUAUUACAGUGAAUUCUGGGCGGAAGUGUCAGGAUCUGAAAGGUCAGCCUUGGACCCGACGAAAGUGCUCCAAAUAUGAUCCUAAAAUGGCUCCAAACACUGAAAAAGAUCUGCCAUGAGGUUUACGAGUUGAUCAUGACAUUCACGAUGGUUUAUGGCAAGGUAUCGUAGAUGCCUCCGUUUUUUAGAAGUAUACCAUUUGACUAAUAGACUUGAGAUCAUAAAUGUGACUACAAAUAGCCAAGUCGGGCAGUCUUGGGUUGUUAUUACUGGUGUGCUUAGCCAGAGAAAUCCUCUGUUAGAAAUUAGCUAAUAUUACUAUUUAACGUUCACCGUUAAUCUACUUUAAUUAACAGCCGCUGAAAGAUAGAGGUUCGAUUUAUUUUCAUUUAAAUUUAACCAAAAAUCGAAAGUGGACUCCAAUUUAUCGCUGGACUUCAUAGUUACGUAAUGGGCAUACUUUCUUACUCUUUAUCGACGUUUUUCUGCCAUGAUUAUGGGGCGACCUAAGCCAGCCCGACGAUAUUAUAAGUUCCGAUUUUUGGUUUGUUGUAAAUUCGAUUUGUAUAUAUCAUUUUAUUUAUUAUUUAAUAAAUUAUUGAUAUCUUAAGAGCCC